AUGAGGGGCCGGAGGGCAGCAGAGCGGGCAGCAGGGCAGGCAGCAGGGCAGGCAGCAGGGCAGGCAGUGGAGCGGGGCAGGGAGCACGGUUACCAUGAGGAGGAGGGCACUAGAGCAGGGCAGGGAGCAUCACACCUUGAGCUGGGCGGUGAUGUUCUUGGAGGAGGCUUAAAGGAGCUCAGAUCUACUCCUCCCGAGCUCAGAUCUACUCCUCCCGAGCUCAGAUCUACUCCUCCCGAGCUCACAUCUACUCCUCCCGAGCUCAGAUCUACUCCUCCCGAGCUCAGAUCUACUCCUCCCGAGCUCACAUCUACUCCUCCCGAGCUUAGAUCUACUCCUCCCGAGCUCACAUCUAUUCCUCCCCAUCUGCAACUCCAGCGCCCAGAUCUGCAUUCCCCGCGCUCAGAUCUGCAACUCCAGCGCCCAGAUCUGCAUUCCCCGCGCUCAGAUCUGCAACUCCAGCGCCCAGAUCUGCACUCCCUGCGACCAGAUCUACUCCUCCCGCGCCUAGAUCUGAUCAUUCCGCGCCCAGAUCUGGAUUCCGCGCCACCAGAUCUCCUCCUCCCGCGCCCAGAUCUGAACAUUUCGCACCCAGAUCUGCACUCCGCGCGCCCAGAUCUGCACUCCGCCCACCCAGAUCUGCCCUCCGCACGUCCAGAUCUGCACUCCGCGCGCCCAGAUCUGCCCUCCGCGCGCCCAGAUCUGCCCUCCGCGCGACCAGAUCUGCAUCUCCCGCGCUGA